GUCGAUAUUCCUUCUCCCAGCACUGGACGGCCGGGCUCGAUACAGCGUAUGCUGUCAGUGGCCCUGAAACCCAACAGAAGAAGAAGCUGUAACAACCCUUCAAGUCUACAACAACAACAACACGUGUAAAUUGUUUCUCAUCAACGCGAAUCCUGUGAGUGUGUAAAGAGAUGAAUGCUAUGAAAGAAGAUGAAACACCAGUGAGCUCUGCUGGCUCAGAACAUCCUAGCACCAAAAGCUUCCAGUCUACUGAUCCCCCUCCUGCAGACAUACCCACCACCACUACCAAUGUUGCCUCUGUUUCCACAGAUAAAAUUCUAGGCAUUCCUUCUACAGUCCAUUCUUCCCAGGCACUGGGCUUCGCCAACACAAUCACCACUAACUUGCUGUCAUCCUCCAGCACCACAGAUACAGCUGAAACAAAUGCAGCCUUAACCAACACAGAACAAUCUGUAGAUAGAAACACUACUCUUUGUACAGUCACAGGCAUGAUGGAUGUGACUACAGCUAUUGUAGAUAAAGUCCAAGCUGACACUGAUAUAGAUUUAACCACCAUAAAUACAGUUACUACCAUCAGUAAUACAACUACUACUAUUAGUAAUACAACUACUACCAUCAGUAAUACACUCACAGUCACUGUUGAUUCAGAAGCAUCCCAGACAAAGAGAGAUACAGCAGUUGCAGGUACAGCACCAGUAAUGCUAAUAUCUGAAGAGACAGUAACAGUAACCAUACCAUCAGCUAAAGAAGUGGCACCAGUAACUAUUCCAACACCUGGAGACAGAGACCCAGUAACUAUGCUGACUGCUGGUGAGAGAAUACCAGUAACUAUAUCAUCAUCUAGAGAGGCAGCUUCAGUAACUAUACCAACAGCUGGAGAGAUGACACCAGUAACUGUGCCAUUGACUGGAGAAGCAGCAUCAGCAACACAAGCAGCAACACACACACCACAAAUAACUAAUGCCAAAGAACUAACAAUAUAUACAGCACCACUAUCAACAAACACAGUAAUAAAAAUGAAAGAAGCAUCUCAUACAGUGCCAACUUACAUAGAUGAAGCCUCAGUGAUGCCACUGCUUCUCACGUCUGCUGCACACACAUCACCAUUUCCUUCUAGCAGUCACCAAGCCCCCCAGACUAGUUGUACUUCAGUGGAACAAGAUGACCCCAUGGAGUAUCAUAAUACUCCUCAAACUUCCAAAGAGCAAGGAACUGCUUCAACUAGCAGAAAUGCACUGCAGCUUUUAACAAGCUAUGGAAUAUCUGACAGUGAAGAUGAAGAGUGUAGUGUGGACGAAAGCAUGGACACUAGCUGUGACAUUGGUCAAAAUGAAACUGAGUUGACUAAUGGGACUGCAGAAAAUGUUGCUACAAAUGUAUGCUCUGAGCUUCCAUUUGAAGGUUCAGUCCCACCACACAGUCUGCAGCUUCCCAUGCCUCUAGUUGAAGGUCAGUGUAGCAUGCCAGUCAUAUCUGAAAAAACAUUUAAUGGUGGAGCUGGGACAGGAGAGAGAGAGAGUAAGGAGGCAGGAGAUCUUGAUGUUGUUAUGACUGGCAGCUACAGGCAUACAGUAGAUGUUGGAAGUGAUACUGAAGAUUCUGAGAGUGAUUCAGUGUCAUCUUCACUAGUGUGUGACAUUUCUGCAGUUGAGAGAAUAGACAGCACCAGUGAAGAAAGCACUAAUGAGGAAAGCUCCAGUGAAGAAAGUGCCACAGAUUCCAAGGAAGUGGAAGCAAUAUUACAAAGAAAGAAACAUCAGGUGCAGAAGAAACCUGCAUCAAAGCUUAACAUUCUGGUCACUCCUGGAGAACUGCAGCUACAUGAGUUGCCACCCAUCGAGGACUUACACAUAUCUGUGCCAGAGGAAAAGGCUGUCCCCAUAGGAACAGUAUUCAACACUGUUGAGCAGCAAGUUGUGGUGGAAGCCUUUGCAAAGAUCCCUGCCAUUGAUUUGGACUCUGUACUCUUUUUGGAUCAUGGCAAGAGAACACUUGGACAAGUGUUUGAUGUGUUUGGCCCUGUUCAAGAACCAUUUUAUGUGGUUCGUUUCAAUUCCGCUGACCAUAUAAAGGAUAACAAGAUAGAAAAGGGAGAUAUUGUUUAUUUUGCCCCAAGCACGGAACAUACCAACUUCAUUGUUAUUGAUGAACUUAUGAGGCUCAAGGGCAGUGAUGCUUCGGGCCUGACAGGCAAUGAACUGCCAGCUUCAGAAUGCCAAGAAUUCUCAGAUGAUGAGGAAGAAGCAAGAGUAUUAGGAGGAAAGAAGCAAAAUAAGUAUACAACAUCUACAAAUGAAUUCCAGUCAUGUAGAAAACGUGGAAAGGGGCAAGUUCAUGGUGAAGCUCGUGACCGUGGACACACUCAUGAAAAUGGCAAUAAUAUUCCAUUUCAUGGGAGAGGCAAGGUUUCCAGACCACCCACCAGGUUUGGCUAUCCACCAGCAAUGCACCCAAGGUUCAGGCCACGGGGACCUCCACCUUUUUCUAUGGGUCCUCCAGACUUCAUACCGGGCUCUCCUGGUUUUCAAGGACCCUCACGAAUGCAUCGGAAUCCUGAGCCACACGACCCAAGACCAUUUUCUAACUUCCAGAACCGGGUAGAAAUGACUGCUGAUCAAGGCAUGGCUUUGAUUACCAUGAAGGUGAUGGAUAUCACAAUGGUCCUCCCACUAGCACAGCUGCUUGGCCUCAGCCGUCAAACAUUCAGUUUGGGGGACCUCCACAGUUCUCCAGUCCCAGGGGGUAUUUCCAUCCCCGUGGUUUAGCAGGUCCUCUCGGUGUCUCAGAUCAUCCAAACCCCCCUCCCUCCCCUGUAGAGAAUUCGUUUGGCCUUGGGAAUCCAUUGGGAUCUUUUGGUGAUGUAAUGCAAGCCUCCCAGCCUUCCCAUCUUACUCAGGACAUGAAUCUG